UUUUCAACAACACUAGUUAAGUUAAUCAAGUUUAUUUUUGCAUUAAAGAAACAUGAAGCUUGCUCCGACUGUCAAGUUAAACAAUGGCUAUGAAAUGCCAAUUCUGGGCCUCGGGACAUACAAUUCCAAGGACAAUGAAGGCGAAGCUGCGGUGAAGCACGCCAUCGAUGUGGGUUAUCGUCAUAUUGAUACGGCUUUUUUCUACCAAAACGAGGCUGAAGUAGGCAAGGCCAUUAGGGAUAAGAUCGCCGAGGGAGUGGUCAAGCGCGAGGAUAUUUUCCUGGUGACUAAGCUGUGGAAUGUGUUCCAUGAUCCUGCCCUUGUGGAAGGAAUUUGCCGCAAGCAGCUGGCUAAUUUCGGGCUGGAAUACAUCGAUCUAUAUCUGAUGCACAUGCCAGUGGGUUACAAGUACAUUGAUGAGACCAACCUUAUGCCAAAGGAUGAAAACGAUGUACUUCAACUCAGCGAUGUGGACUAUCUGGAUACGUACAAGGCGAUGGAGAAGCUAGUGAAGUUAGGCUUAGUCCGCAGCAUUGGAGUGUCCAACUUUAAUAGUGAACAGUUGGCACGCGUUUUGGCCAAUUGUGAGAUUAAACCGGUCACUAACCAAGUGGAGUGCUCGCCAGCUCUCAACCAGAAGUCUUUGACAGCCUUCUGCAAGAAGAACGAUGUCACUUUGACGGGCUACACGCCUUUGGGCAAGCCAAAGCCCGAUCUUCAAAAGCCGGACUUUAUCUAUUCCCCGGAGGUCACUGCUAUUGCCCAGAAAUAUGGCAAAACAACACCGCAGGUUGUACUGCGUUAUUUGGUUAGCCUGGGCGUUAUUCCCAUUCCAAAGUCAUCGAAUGCGAAACGCAUUUCCGAGAACUUUGAUAUUUUCGAUUUUGAGCUGACUACCGAGGAGAUGACCGUUCUUGAUGGUUAUCACACUGGGGAGCGUGUGGUGCCAUUAAAUUUAAUCAAGGGACUGAACCACAAGUACUAUCCCUUUGCCAUUGAGUUUUAAAUUAAAAAAGCACAGGUAGUGUAAAUGCAGCUUUGACAUGUCAAUGUAGAAGUACACUUUAUUACGAAUAAAAUUAUUUUGUUACACAUAUA